AUGGCACAAGAAAUUAAAUCAAAAUAUAGUAAAAUUACUAAGAGAUAUAUACAAGAAAUGUCAGCGGGUUUAAUGUCAGACGAGAACGUAAGAGGCGUGCUCACGACGGUCCGAGCACUUCAAAGGCGCCACUUGAAAAGAGCGAUAAGGCAAAUUUGUAGAAGAAAGAUCGGUAUGCGAACCUGGCACGCACUAACAAUGGCAAAACGUUCAAACACGAAUGAGUCUCAUGACACAAGUAAUAGUGAAGAUGAGCUCCAGAUAGACGUUUAUACAGAUGAUAUGUUAGAAAGACUAACUAAGAAAACGAUAGCAGUGAUAGCAGUGAUAUCGUCCAAGCAACGAAGGCGACGCAUAGAUAGCGAUAGCGAUGAAAGUGAUACGGAAGAAAACACACCGCAACAGGACAACGUAUCGUCAAGUGAAAAGUGGGAAGACGUCACUGAAUCAGGUGUUCCUCCAGCCAUGAUAAAUUUUGACUUACAUGAUGAAAUAACCGGACCACAACUACCAAAUAAUGUAAAAGAACCUAUAGAAUAUUUUACUGAAGAAUUACCAGACAGCAUAAUAAAAGAAACGAACAAUUAUACCAACGAAGAAAUUAGAAAGAAACAACUUUCACGGGAAUCAACAUGGCACAAGUGGCACGAUAUUACUAAAGAAGAAUUUUUAGCUUUCAUCGCCGUUAUCCUAAAUGUGGGAUUGAUUCAAUUGCCAAAUAUUCAAGAAUACUGGUCUAUCGCUUCCAAUAGCCUGGAACUAUUCUGGUAUUCUCAGGACUUCAAGCCUGAAACAUUCUUGGCAGUGAGAAUAGCACUUCAAAAGUUGUUGAGCCACAUAAAUAUGGAUAGAGAUCAAGUUCAGACGAAUUCGAGAAGAACUGCCGCCAAGUGUAGAAUUUAUAUCCGGUGAAAAAGCCACAGGACCAAACAUAACAUCAAGUAUAAAAGAACCAGUGGAUUUUUUUAAACUGUUUUUUACCGAUGAACUCGUCCAAAACAUAGUGUCUGAAACGAAUAAGUAUGCGAAAAACAAAUUAGAAGAGAAGACGCUAUUGCCAAAUUCGAUAUGA